CGUAACAAAAGUUCCUAGUUUUGUGACGUUUGAAUAAUUUUCGAAAAAUUUGUCCCUGCUCAAGUUAUCCUUUUAUCUACAGUGAUCAAAGUCGCUGCCCGAAAUGCCGUCUGUUGCUGUGCCAAAAACCAAACCAUCUGAAGAAACCCCAACAGGCAUUAAUGCCAUACUUUUAGGGCCCCCGGGGUCGGGUAAAGGCACCCAGGCCCCCAAACUUAAGGAAAAAUAUUGCGUCUGCCACCUCUCGACUGGCGACAUGCUGCGUGCCGAAAUCCAGUCCGGCUCAGUUCUAGGCUCUAAAUUAAAGAAAAUUAUGGACGAAGGUAAACUCGUCAGCGACGAUCUCGUUGUUAACAUGAUUGACAACAACCUCGACAAACCUGAAUGUAAAAAUGGAUUUUUGCUUGACGGUUUCCCAAGAACUGUGGUUCAAGCGGAGAAGCUGGAUGAGUUGUUAGAGAAGAGAGAGACGAGUUUAGAUGCUGUCGUUGAAUUUGGAAUCGACGAUAGCUUGCUUGUUCGUCGCAUAACGGGGCGUUUGAUUCAUACCCCUAGUGGACGUUCGUAUCAUGAGGAGUUUCACCCUCCUAAGAAACCCAUGACUGAUGAUAUAACAGGAGAGCCUCUGACCAGACGCUCUGAUGAUACCGCUGACGCUUUGAAGAAACGUUUGCAGGCCUACCAUACUCAGACAAAGCCUCUGGUUGAUUAUUAUCAAAUUCGUGGGAUUCACCACCGUAUUGAUGCCGCUAAGUCCGCUUCAGACGUCUUCAGUUGCAUUGAUAAGAUUUUCACCAGGACUCGCAGGUCCAGGGUUGGAUUGUAAGAUUCUCUUUCUAAUUUUUUCAUUUUUUUUUUUUGUUUUUGGAGGCCAUUUUCUGCAUGGCUAGAUUUGUUGCAUUUAUCCAUAUAGUUUUGUGGGUGCAAAUUUCAUAUAUUUUUGGCGUUUGUUAUUGAUUGACCAAUUAUAUAAGCAUAGUUGUGAAAUUUGUUACCCAUGGUUUACCACAGAUUCCAAAUACAAAUUUUAUACUUUUUGUGAAGUUUGUAUUUUGUUUCUUUUUCCUUUCAGUUUUACACAAGAGUUCGUUUUGUCAUUAUUUUUAGAACCUUGAUGUAGUUGCGUGAUUAGAGUUCUUUUUGUUACUUUAAUAAAUAUUUGUUUUUA